AUGUGGUGGCGGUGGUGGUGGUGGUGGUGGUGGUGGCGGUGGUGGUGGUGGUGGUGGUGGAGGGAAAACAAUAGAAAUGUGGUGGCGGUGGUGGUGGUGGUGGUGGUGGAGGGAAAACAAUAGAAAAUGAGGAGGAGGAGGAGGAGGAGGAGGGAAAACAACAAAAAUGAGGAGGAGGGAAAACAAAAAUGAGGAGGAGGAGGAGGGAAAACAAAAAAAAGGAGGAGGAAGAGGAGGAGGAGAGAAAACAAUAAAAAUGAGGAGGAGGGGGAGGGAAAACAAUAAAAAUGAGGAGUAGGAGGAGGAGGAGGGAAAACAAAAAUGAGGAGGAGGAGGAGGAGGGAAAACAAAAAAAUGGGGAGGAGGAGGAGGAGGGAAAACAAUAAAAAUGAGGAGGAGGAGGAGGAGGGAAUUGAGGAACGAAAAUAAUAAAAUUGUGGAGGAGGAGGAAAGUAAAAAAAAAUGAAAAGGAGAGGGGUGAGUAAAACAUUGUUUGCAGUGUAAAAAAGAGCUAGUUGGCCUUUGCCCUCAUUAAUAUGCACGAUUUGCCUGCCAAAAAUCAGUGAACCGGAACCAUGACAAUCGCAGCAGCAGGAAAUAGAACUUGCAUAAUUACGUUACGUCUCAGUGAUUUUAAGUCAGAAACAAGUUUGACUUCACUCCUCAGGCACUAUGAAUUAACCAAUGAAAACUUUUCUUAUUUUCUAACUAACCAAUAGAAAACGAAGACGUUUAUCGACCUUAAAGUAACUAGAAAACCUAAACGAAUUUUAAAUAGCACACGACCUUAUCUUAAUGAGAUUCCUGCGCAUUUUAUUCAUGAGAUCAAGACAAAAGGUUAUGACGUCAUUGACGUUAAUUUAUUCCCCCCCACCUUAAUGAGAUUCCCCCCCAAAAAAGGGGUUAAUUCGGUCCCUCCUAUACUACUUAAAUGCGAGGAUUUCAUGAGGUCAGAUGGAGCAACUCAGUGUGGCUAUUGUGGCUGUUUGCCGACUCACCAUUCUAAAGAAGAUGCCCGCUACUCCUCUGACUCUGUUGGUGGCACAUCGGCUGUGGGAACAAGUGAAAGCGCAAGUCCAGAGAAGUGGAAAGAUGAAGACCUAGAGUGGUUCCCGAACCCAAAGGGCGAAUAAACUGAAUUCUCAAAUAGUAUUCUGCCAAAAUUCUACCUGUCCUUUUGGACCACUUGUCCCUAUAAGGAACGCUAUAGGGCAACAUUUUUGCAUAAGCUUUAAAUUGCAGGAAGCCCCUAUUCCCCCCUCCCCGCGUGUAAAGCAUCGUUGAAAAUCCGCCUGACUUCAUAAACUGGUCUCGCGCUCGCUACUGAUUCUAAAACCAAAUGUGGGACAGUUUUCUAGCUUUGCUUGAUGAAGACCUGAAUGCAGAAUAAAACAGUUCUACACAAGGUAGUUUAAAUUUGAUUUCAAGUUGAUUGUCCUAUGAAGUGACUGUAGUUGUUUGGUUUGUUGCGAUACAGUAAAAACUUGCGGCGACUUAGAGCCUGUUUGCAUAGAGAUGGGGGACCCCAGAUAGAUGAGGCAACAUGUGGCGGGUCGCCCCACCUAUCAUGUAACGUGAUCAAAUUAAAAUGAGAGAUCAUAUGGACAGGUGUUUCACUGUAGGACACAGAACGCGGAAUUCACUGGAAACUCAAAAGUGGUCGACAGAGAGAUUUUGAUUAGUAAUUCACUGGAGGUACAAUCAUUCAAGUGUAGCGAGGAUCGUUAACUGCUAUAUCACAUGGGUAUUGAAAUCAACGGCAUUCGUUAAUAUAACUGGCGCUACCGGUCAUCAAAGAAGCCAUCAAGGGGAAUGAAAAGUAAGGAUAUGAUAAUCUGGGCCUGUUAUGUCUUCCGCUUUAUAUUGACUCAGUGGGCUUAUAUGUUAAUGAGUCAGCGAAAACACAAUGGCCAACACGGAAUAUAUAAAUUCCAAGAAUAUUUUUGUCUGGAAACUCCAUAUAUAAAAUAGUGGACCACUAACAGUCAGUAAAGUUCAGCUCAGUUCUUCGUCACCAUUUAAUAAACGCGCAGUCUAUUCGCUGUUAGUCUGGCAGCCGGGUAAAUCCUUCGAUACAGAACAGGUAACAACGAGAACAUGAAGAACAUGUAAGAACAUGUCAGUAUGUCGUAGUUUCUGAUCUGACUCGUCUUAGCAAACUUUAAAUAGUUACUAUUGGCUGAAUUUAUUCAUAUUGGAUUGAAGUUUACUUUCUAACUUGGGUAAUGCAUAAUGUUGGGGGAAGUUGUAUCUCUUAGCUUUAUCAUUAAUACUCUGACACCCCUUAACUUGUGACGAAUAGAUAGCAGACACUUCUUCACAGUAUUACACUCUUAUUUCAUUGCUUUCUUUUGUUUAGUCGUAAACUAUUGAGCACUAAUUUUUACGAGAUAGUGCUCUACGGGUUACAUAAAAUCCCUUGAUCAAACUAUCUCGAUAACUAUCAGCAACCACAAGUUUCUUUUUUCCGAUUAAUCGUCUCCUAUGUGCCCGAAGUCUGAUAACAUUCAGAACAUUGAUUUAACCCUGCUUUAAGCUGGGUCUUCAAGCCACCCUCCUUUUACUGAAGCACAAAGUUAUGAAGCAAAAGCAAAAUUUAUGCCUUUUGAGGGGAACAGUUACACAGUAAAUAGGGCCAUGUAUGAAGUCAUAAGCCACGGCUGUGGAUACACUAGAAUUAAGAACGAUGAAGGCGAUUAUAUUUUCGGUGGCCGUCAGCGGGCUUUUGUUGUGGCUUGUGCAACUGAGCCAAACGAACCGCUCGAUGCCUGAUGAAGUGUGCAAGUGGCCCUGCAUUCUAUCAGUGAAUUUAAGCCGAAUUUCACCAAAUUGCAAAUAUAGAAGUAAAGCUAAGUAAGAUGAAAUGCAGAUUUUUACUUGGAAUAAAACGUUUUACUGAACAGUACUCAGUGGUUCUUUCAAUUUAAAGAAAACAGUAUCGAAACUCAGUUGAGAAUCACCGUGGGCUCAAAAUAACAGAAAAAAAUAUUGCACAACUGGAAACCCUAGUCAGCUGUUUUAUAAAAUUUUAUAAAAUUUCAUAAAAUUUUGUAAAUUUUUACAUGAUUUUAUGAAAUAUUUUUUACAAACUUCACUCUUUUAUAAAAUUAUAUUUUAUUUCAUAAAACUUUGUAUGUUUUUAUAAAACAAAAUUCAAAAUAGUUCAUGCGCUUAUAAAAUUUUAUAUACUUUUAUAAAAUUUUAGGCCCAAUACAACUCUGUAAAGUACAAUAAUUUAUAAUUGCUCAAAUGUCACGAAACUACUUGACAGUUUUUUGGCACCCCCUGUUUGAAGUUUUCCCAGCUUUAAGUCCUUUAUUAUUGUUUUCAUGGGAUGACCAUGUCAAUCUGACAGGGGAAAGGGAUUUCAGACAGAUUCUUGCCUAAACUACCCCCACCCUCCCACGAAGCACACAUAAACAAGAAAUUUAAUAUUGAUGUAUAAGUUUUAUAAUUCAGUCCCUCUAAUUCUAUCAAUAGCAAUGUCAGUGUACGUUUUGGUUUGCAGCCACCUGACCAGGUGGCCAUUAUUGGUGGUCAAAACAUUAAAUAUGUAUUUUUUCACAGAAUUUGUUUGAAAGUAGAAGAGAAGACUGGGAAAAAUUGGGCUUCAAGUAAUAUUUAUACUUUUUGCAAGGGAGGCCAAGUUCCAAGAUAAAUGAUGUAUUAGUUCGUAGGUUUGAUCAUUGAUGGGAUAGUUUUGGUCAAGAUGCUAAAAAAAUAGGUUAAACCUAAAGCUAGUGAAAAUAUGGAGCUCUGAAAUGUUGUUAAUAUAUGUUAAUUGUUCAUUUGAAAAGUAUUUAUCUGUUUCUGAUUGGCUAAAAUCCCCCAGAUAAUUCUCCACAACCAACUACCAUUGACCAGUUUAGGAAGACAUUAUACCAAUACCAGGACAGUUAAUACCCAUAUUGUUCUGAUACUAAUCGAGGAAAAGGCCAACAGUAGGAGCACAGUAAUUCAACUGCUUAAGUGGAGAUGGUGAAAAUGGUGGAGAUUCAGUAAUUCAACUGCUUGGGUGGAGAUGGUGAAAAUGGUGGAGAUUCAGUCUUAAAUUUUAAGAAGAAAAAAAUAACUACAAUAGGGCCCCAGUAACUCAAACUCUGAAGGGAAACGAAAAACAGUUUGAGUUAGCAAGGAAUUCAAGUUAUGGGGUAAAUUUCAGUGAAAUUAACAAAGUUAAGGGAAGGGAAAUUUAGUUCAAGUUAGCGAGAAAUUUGAGUUAUCUGAGGUUCUACUGUAAACUGUGCCUAAAAUAAAUUAAGGAAUGAAGGGUGACAACUGCUAUUUUGAAGAAUAUCGGCAAUCGCAACUAAACAUCCGCUGCCAAAAAAACAUGCAAAUACACGUAUUAUAAUUAUUAUGAACAUGGAGGCAGCAACUUACAUACGUUUUAAACUUGAAAUAAUUUUGAAUGAAUAUUAUAUUAAAACAAUUAUUGCCGAUUUGUCUUGAGUGAGAAUUAUGCAGCUAUCAAGGGGGCUCGAUCCGGAUUAUUCUUCGCAAAAUAGUGAUUCCAAAGUGAAUGCAAAUAGAAUAUGUGAAACUCAAUAUAACUUUCACUCUUCAAGAACCAGAUAAUCAAAUAAUCAAAUAAUAACUUAAAAGAAGGAAGCUUCUUAGUCAGAGAAAAACAAAACUUAAGCCUUUUUAUAAGCUACUGUAAAAGUCCAGAUUUAUAUGCUUAUCUGUUUUCCCUAAUUCAAGUGGCUCACUCUCCGGCCCGCUGUAAGAAUAAGUUCUUUCACUGGAUGACCCUAUCAUAAGCAGCAUAUUCAAGCAGGUCUGUCCACCCUAACUGGUAAAGAAUGAUGAGAAUUUAUUAGAUUUGAAAGUGUGUUAAAUUUGUACAGGAAAAGCUCUCCGAUUUGGAAUUUAUAAAGAAGCAUUCGCUCAAGGUUCGUGCAUGCAUUAACGCUUAAAUCAAAGAAAGCAAGGAAAGUUGUGUUGUGUAAUUAAAAUGACCACACUGAAAUACAGCCGUAAGUACUCACCUCAUAGUACUUUUUUUUUCUUCCAUUCGGCAUAUUGAGCUUCUGCUUCUGUAUAACGACAGGUAAAAAUAUCAUAAACGGUUCUACUGACUUCAAUUGCCAACUCAAAGCGAUGCACGAAGCAGUUUCCUUUAAUAUUCUGACCUCAGUUUAGUUCUCAUGCUUGUCCCUCACAUAUUUUUUCAUUAAUUUAAUCAGUCAAACAAAAAGAAUAUGCAGAAAGAUCUACGAUCUAGCUCGAUCCGAACGUCCAGAAACCAAGAUGGCCGCACUCGGACGGGACGGUGAAAGACUGGAUCCUAGAACCCGUGUUUUAGCGGUUUUGGCGCGAAUUUCUGAACGCGGCUGCCAAACUCUCUUCAUUCGUUCAAGAUAAAGUUGUAUUAGCUGAACAGCGAACAAGAACAAGAGAUAUUUUUUCCCCCUACAUCGACUUGUAAUUCUUUCUUCUAUGGAGUUUUCAUGUUUAAAAUAAUCAAAGACUGGCCGAAAAGGUAAGUGCUUUCCUUUCCUUUAAUUUGGUUGAAUGGGGUUCUCUUUUUAUAAUAUUUUUUGACCCUUUUUACGAGCUUUAGACAGUGGUUUAGAAAGUAACUAGAAUUUAAGCUUAUUCUUCCGAUCUGCUUCUUCUUAUUUUUCUACUAUAAACAGGUUGUACGCUCAUUUGAAAUUGAGCUGUUAAAUUGUUUUAGACAACAACUAUGCAGCAAAGUUCUUGUAAUGAACACUUCAGUUUAUGCUCCAUAAUCAUUUUUUAUUAAUACCGUCCUACAUGUCCUGGAUUCCAUGCGGUUGAUUCUGGAUUUCAGUCCUUAAGCUGUAUUUUUUGGAUUCUAAGGCCAAGGAUUCGGGAUUCCCCUUACAUGGGGCGAGUUUUUAACAACCCAGUGAUUUCACUGUUUUGGAUGCAUGCCCUCAUGGUUUUGAAACUUAAUCCUUAAACACCUUUCCAUCUAAUAGGUACCGUAUUUCUUACAGUUGAGAACUUCUCUUUUCGUUUUUAGCUUGUAACAAGCACCUUUCAUCUGUGCUCUGUAUCAGAUUUUUAUUUCACAUUGUUGCAAAACCAAAUAACUACUUUUUUUGUCACCUACCUGACUAUGAAAACUCAUCAACUAAUGAAGUUAAAUACGUUUUAUGAACUGUAAUAAAGACUUCUGUAAAAAUGCCUGUGCCUUGAUGGCCAAGCUGAAUCAAGCACUCAGUAUAUAGCAUUCAUAUCAUGCCAGUUCAUCUGACAAAAAGAUUGUGGUUAUUUGAAGACUACUGAAUGUGAGUAUCUCCACAUUUUUUAAGUUAAGAAGACCAUCAUCAAUCAGCAUCCAAUUUAUUUUGUCUAGUUUUAUGUGAGAUAUUAGCUAAAAAAAUAAUUAGACGCAUUUACGCUGUAUUAGCCAACAAAAUAAUAAGAUGUAUUUACCUGUGUUCCUGUUUCUUUACGAGUAAUUUUGGAAGGGAUUUAAAUCAGAUUAGAAAUGGCAAACAUUGCUAGCAAGAUGAAUUUCCAGUAUCAAAUGGUUGUUUGCCUGGUGCUUCAUAAAUAGGAUGCAAUGUCAGUUACAUAUCAAGUUCCCAAUAUUGUUAACUAUUAACUCUCCUUGGUAAAAAGGAGAAGAGAGAAAAGAGACAAUUAUUAAGGGGAUUAAAUAAGGGCAAUUUUAUUUUGAGGCAUAGAAUUCCUUUGUUACUAGACAAAAUCGGCUAGUAUCCCACACCUCUAUUGAUUAUUUAAAGGUUCAAUUAUACGGUGUUGUUUUGACGCCCAUUUUUUUCUUAGAAUUGUGUUGUUUUUAGAGGCUACUUUUCGUCCAGUCUGUGACUACACUUGACUUGAUCAGAAGUAAGUUGUCGUAUUAAACAUGUGCUUUGUCAGGAUGGUUCUAUGUUCUCAUGACAGUCACUUUUGUUUGGAUUUGACACCUUUAGAUGUGUUGGAAGUAGAAAAACAGACCAUACCACGUGGAAUGCAUGAGAUACAUUUUACCACUUAUGUUGUGUUGCUCUGUAGUAAAUUUUAAUGUUUUAGACCAAUUUUUCACUGAUGAAAAGGAAAAAUGUCCAAUAACACUGUGACAAGGAUCGCUUGGUAAAAAUUUCUUGGUAAAAUAUAUGCAAUGAUUCUGAUAAUAAUUUCCGUUCUCUUAUAUAUAUCUGGACGCUGAAUUUGAGGAAAAUAUCCGAAAAAAUAUAAUUCGACUUCCAAGUGAUUUUAAAACAACAUUGCAAUUACCAUGCAUGAAAAGGAGAUUAAUUCAUGUCAAGAGUGCCUGAGAUUGCAGUCAAAGGCUGCCGGUUCCAGUUUCCAAGCGCAUUUCCAUGAGUAGGACUGGUCAAGUCUACUGGAGUCACAUAUCGUACAAGCACCGCUACAGUCGAGUUUCAUCUCUUGUCUCUUUCUCUUCUCGUGGCUGUUAAAUUGAAACCCCUUAUACAAACAGACAUUUAAUAUUGGCAAUGUUAACCAUCUCCUGAUCCGAUUCAAAUUCCUUCUAAUUUAAAACACACAGGAUAACUGUUAGCUAAAUACAUACUAUUUUAUUAGGUAAUACACGUACAGCUUAAAUGCAAUUGCGUUGAGGUUCUAUUUGACUUGGGAACAGAAAUCAGACUUCAACAUUGUAUUUUUUUCUGGGGGGUGGGGGGGGGGGGGUUGGCAACAUACAGCUGGCAGGUAAACUCCUCCCAUUUCAGAGUUUUUUCCACAGGUUCUGACCAUGAAAAAAGGCCUGUUCACAGGUUUUGAGAUUUUCCACCCCGUGAUAAUUCACACCCUGUGAAAAAGGUGUGAAAACCAUGUGAGAAAACAUGUGAAAUUGAACAGUUCACAUGUUUUUUCACAGUUUGAUUCACAGGUUUUUCAUAGCAUUUUCACAUGUUUUUAUCCAAUAGUGAUAUAAAAAAUUGUUAUAAGGGGUAAAUAAGCCAUUUUUCCCUCGUGCCAUUGAAUCAGUUAGAAAACUCUGAGUGUCUUUAAAGUUAAAUGUUUUGCAAUGAAACCAAAUUUGGCGCCAGAACUCGUACCCAGGAUCUUUGACCUUUUCUCAUCUUGGAAACCGCGCUAAAAUUUCUCAUAUGAACCCAAGGCAAAAUUCAUCCCGGUAACCGAGCCAGCCCGGUCAACCGGGCUCAUAUGAAGAGGCCCUGAGAGCGCUUUUUCAACCUUAUUCGAUGGCCGAAAUUCGGUGAUUUUAAAAGCCGCGCUUCUUCGUAACGGAUAAAUAUCGCUAAAUUCUACUUAGUACAAUGGAUUUAGCUGCAGUUGGCUUGUCCUGUGACGGAAUAUGGAAUAAUUUGACGUAAAAUUAAAUUAAAUUAAUAAAAGCAAACACAACCCCCUUUGCGUUUUUUUUUUCCCUCUUGACAAAAUUCUUCCAAAGUAAAAGCUAAAAUCUCCAAAGCGGUACAAAAAUCACAGGUAAAAUGCACUUCACAGCAAAGAUCUUACCUAAUUCUGUUAGAAAAUAAAGUCAAAGGUGCGGGUAUCGUUCUGGGUUGGACGUGAUCAAACGUUUUUAAGAGCCUCUGUUCGGCAUUAUUUGCAUAGAUUUGCCCGCUUAACGGUUCACACACAACGACUUUAAUUUAGUAGAUAUUAUCUCGGUAGCUGAGAAUGUUGUUGUGUAUCCUCAAAAUAACGAAAAUGUGUUUUCUUUUCAUUAGCCUUUUUAAGUUUGUAUCAGUGAAAGCCGAAAAAAUACCAUAAACUGACAUUCUUGAUCAACCCGUCGGAUAUGCAAAUCCUGCUUGUUUACAGACAGGUUGUCCAUUUCAGCUAUGUUAAAAUCUCAAACUACGUACGGUUAUUAACUUCUUGUCAAAUGUAAUCAAUCUUCAGCUUGGAAACUCAGCAACUGGAUACCCUUUUUAAAAUAGAAAUUUAUCUCAUAUUCCAUUUGAGUUUCUUUUUCCGUUUCGAGUAUUUGACAUCAUGAUUUCUAAUUUGAAUUCCCACAUCCGUGUUUAUCCUUCAUUUAUCAUGAACAUGUCGGAUUCUCUCACCUCGGGUGACUUUUCUCGUGUAUCUCUUGAGAAAUUAUUAUGAAUCACUUUAAGAGCCUCUGUUCGGCAUUAUUUGCAUAGAUUUGCCCGCUUAACGGUUCACACACAACGACUUUAAUUUAGUAGAUAUUAUCUCGGUAGCUGAGAAUGUUGUUGUGUAUCCUCAAAAUAACGAAAAUGUGUUUUCUUUUCAUUAGCCUUUUUAAGUUUGUAUCAGUGAAAGCCGAAAAAAUACCAUAAACUGACAUUCUUGAUCAACCCGUCGGAUAUGCAAAUCCUGCUUGUUUACAGACAGGUUGUCCAUUUCAGCUAUGUUAAAAUCUCAAACUACGUACGGUUAUUAACUUCUUGUCAAAUGUAAUCAAUCUUCAGCUUGGAAACUCAGCAACUGGAUACCCUUUUUAAAAUAGAAAUUUAUCUCAUAUUCCAUUUGAGUUUCUUUUUCCGUUUCGAGUAUUUGACAUCAUGAUUUCUAAUUUGAAUUCCCACAUCCGUGUUUAUCCUUCAUUUAUCAUGAACAUGUCGGAUUCUCUCACCUCGGGUGACUUUUCUCGUGUAUCUCUUGAGAAAUUAUUAUGAAUCACUUUAAGUUUGGUGAAGGGUAUGUCUGUUGUAAUAUUUUUCCGAGUGCAGGUAAUAUUGAACGUUUGUCCCACACGCCUUCAGUCAUAUGCUAAUUUGCAUUUUUGUCACGCAAUAUACCUCGUGUAUCGAUCCCUUUCUUUCCAUAAACAAAUAAAGGGUGAACCAUUACCUUAUUAAUAGGGGUGGGGAGAGGACGAGUACACCGAGAUUAGGGCUGGAAGGAUAAUAUAUAUUAUACAUACAACGAAGUGCCAGAGUGGUGUCCUCAUCGAUAGUGCUCAAAAACUUAUAAUUAAGGUGAUUUCAAAAACUUAUAAGGCGCAAAUAUCUAUAUAUUAAAUAUAUUCAAGUGCUCAAUAGUUAACCUAGAGCAGAGUAGAAGUAGACUGAUGAAACUGGAUUAAAUCUUGAACAUUUUGUUGCUACCCAGAGUUUCAGUUCAGUCACAGUUUGCGAGGCAAUCAUCAGGCAACUACCAAAAUUAACGGUUACAAUCAAAGAUAUAGGUAAAACAGAACAGUAAAUACUAGGCGUGGCUCGUGGCGCGUGGCGCGUGGCGCGUGGCGCGUGGCGCGUGGCGCGUGGCGCGUGGCUCGUCGCGCUGUUUAUAAUUUGUAAACCUGUAAUGUCUACCCUGGACAACAGAAAUGAACUAAUCGCAGGUUGCAGGCACUCAAAGAAAUUUCUACUAAACACUGUCCUAACUUGGUUAGUUCUUGUCGCAAAUUUGACAUGCUGUAAGCAUCACUUAAGUACGACGCACCACGCACCUACGCCACGCCUGGCAUUUAUUGUUUUGUUUUACCUGAUGAUUCGCCUCGCAAGAGGCAUGAAUCUCUGAGUAGCAAUAAAUGUUUAAGAUAUAAUCCAGUCCCAUCAGUCUACUUCUAUUAUAUACAAACAUAUAUACAGCUUUAUCAAGAAGCUAAAAUCAAUGCAGCCCCCUAAUAAAUUUUUAGUCUUCCUCAAGCUACAGAAAAUUCUGGGCAAUUUUGCUUCUCCGAACAGAUAUUUCACAGAAAAGAGUCGUUGGGUGCCGCUGAUAUGCAUUGGUGACUUUUUUUACGUUAUUUAUGUUUUAUUGCCAAAAAGUGAAGUGUCACAUAAUGAUCUUAACUCAUAUCUAUAAGAAAAAAUUCUAUUAAUGAAAAAAAAACUGUCCUGCGAACAACUUUUAUCCUUUUGGGGCCCAGUUGUUCAAUAGGUGGCCAUGGAUAGCGCUAUCCACCGUGUAAAUCACUAUCCACUGGAUAGAGCAAAUGGUUUCCCUAAUACUUAUCAAUUGGACAGAGAUUCAUCCGAUGGAUAGCCUAGCCCUACCCAACUUUUGAACAACUGGGGCCUGCUUUUUUACUUGUAUUGUAAAUAAAGUACUGAACGAAAAAGCAGGUCACAUACUUUUAAAGGUUGAUGUCAAGUUAUAAGUUAUUUGAGAUUUAUCGUCUUAUACAAGCAUACAACAUACCUUGAAAUUUAAGAGAAAACACUUCCACGAACUCGGCCUAGAAAGAAUAGGAAUUUUCUAGGCAACUUCGGCCCACCCCAAUGUAAUGGGGCAAUUUGCCAGUCCUUGGCCAUUUACGGGGUGGUGCGGCAGUAACUGCAUUCUUUCACCAUGUCUGUUAUUGUGUUUAUUAGAGCAGCCUUUGUAUCUCAAGAUUUGAACAACAGUUCAAAAUAUUCGCAGAUGUUUUCACAUUGAAUUUCGAGAGUACGUCUUGGUUGGUCUGCUCGCAGAUAUCAUGGCCAUGGUGCCUGAUGGGAUGUAUAACGUCCAUCUUGUUGAAAAUAUGUUAGACCUCCUUGUCUCUACGUUCAUCAAUAAGAAACGCAAUUUCUUCUUGCAAGAGCACUGAGAGCAGAUCUCCUUCGUCACAAAUUUCAACAUUCCCGGCUCUGGUCAGCCCUUUUUUUCCUGCUGAUUGCAGACAGUCUGGAAAAGAAUGAUUGAACUUGUCCCUUUGUAAGCCAUUCGUCUCUGGAACGUUCUUGAACUACCUGUGUUUCUGGACGUUCUCAUGUCCGUUGCGACCUCAGAAAGAUCUGGUUUCCUGCCUGUUUCUGUAUCAACAUCAAAUCGUGCGGUGAGGUAAGACUUGACUUUCUCGCUAAACCUUGUCCCGCCUCCCCUUAACUUCUGCAGCCACCCAUCCACUAGCCUCGAAUUUGCAGACACCACUAGGAGAUUUGUUGGAAGUUUCUCGGUUGGCGGCAAUUUUUACAGUCUGACCUCGACACUCUGCCACGUUUCAGCACAAGUGUGUUUUCCCUUAUGGUCCGGAUAUCGGCAUUCUGUGCGGCCCGUUGGAUUACCCCAGUCCUUCCCUAGGUUCGCACGAUGUAUCGGACAUACAAACAUUUUUUCACCUUGUUGGGCAGUUUUACCAAAAUACCCAGCCGGCUGCAAAGUAAGUUCGCUCUCUGUAAUAUUUUCUUUCGUUAAGCGACAUCGCCUCGAAUCGAGCUGUAAUAACGCUCACCUGUUACAUUGACUAAGAGGCACCAACUUGCUUUCUCCUUUAAACUCUCCAAAUCCGCUUUCAUUACGUGACAACAAUCCUAAUUAGCAUAUGACCAUGAAGAAAACCCAAAAGGAAAUUGAGCUGAAUUCAGUCUUUAUUAAAGAACCUUUUAGUUGCUGCGACUCCAAACUCAAAACGGGCUUCGUUUGACCAGAAGUGAAUUGUAUUCUUUACGACUUGGAAUAUUGCUGAAAUCGACAACCCCGCGGUAAAUGAGCUUUUAAAUUUGCAUAAUAUACCAGUAGAUGAAGAAUUCCUACAUGAUCCUACAUGUAUUUUAUGACAUUUUAUGCCGGUUUACAGGCCUAAGAUGGCUUACAAAACAACAAAUGUACGUUAUUUUGACGAAGCAUACCAAGAUUCUGCCCCGUGGGAAAAAUAUUAGCCUUAUCAUAUGAGUAUAAGUGUAGGCGCCAAACGUACAGUUUUAGGUAAAUAUUGACAAAAGGAGCUCUCAAAAACGCUUGUUCGCGUCCCACACAGAAUGAUACCCGCACCGUUGAGUUUAUUUUCUAACAGAAGAAGGUAAGAUCUUUGCUGUGAAGUGCAUUUUGCCUGUGAUUUUUGUACCGCUUUGGAGAUUUUAGCUUUUACUUUGGAGGAAUUUGUCAAGGGAGAAAAAAGAACAUAAAGUGGCUAGUCUUUGAUCUUAUUAAUUUAAUUUAAUUUUGCUUCAAAUUAUCCAAGAUUCCGUUAUAGGACAAGUCAAAUGCAGCUAAAUCCAUUGUACUAUGUAGAAUUUCGCGAUAUUUAUCCGUCACGAAGAAGCGCGGCUUUUAAAAUUGCUGAAUUUUGGCUAUUGAAUAAAGUUGAAAAAGCGCUCUCAGACAGGAAGGAGGUUUUGUGCUGUAGCGAGGCCCAGAAAAAGAUUUUGAAAAAAAUUAGCUCGAUUUUAAUCAUUCCUCAUUAAGUCCUUUUCACCCACAAAAAAUAAAGGGAAGGUUUACUGGCGAUCCCAAACUCGCCGGACCGCUCUUAGGUGGACAGCCACUUAACUAGAAUUCGCUUGUAUUCUCUUUUGAACUUAUGGUAGCUAAGUGUUUUUAUCUUAGUAGGAAUCUCUUCCCAAGUGUUAGUUAUUGCAAACGUUUGUGAGGGGAGUGGAAAGCAGAUUGCUGGCAAUCUUGAUAGACAGUUAGGGAUAUCUAUAGUGGCUUUGUGCCUAUCAAGGCCAGAUAGUGCUAACUCAGCUUGCGCUGAAUCCACUGGGGAAAGAAAAAAAACUAGAACUACGAUUUACUGGGGAGAAAGCAUUAGGUAUUAUUGCUGGUUUUCAGUGCCACGUCAUUCAAACUAGAUGAAAAUAAAAAUCGAAACCGUUCAAUAGAUAAAGUCCGGAAUCUGGGAAAUAAAAGGAGGUAAAUAUACAAAGACCCCCGCCAAGAUUCAGGCCAGAAGAAUAUUUCGUACACGAGAUAUCUAGAGAAAUGUUUUACGCAAAUUUAUAGAGAUUUGUAUGGAGACGCCAUGCCGGUGGCCACCUGGAUGAGCACCAAGAUGGCGGACGGAAACCAACAAAUACAUCUGUUACCGAGUUUUGGUACAAAAGCGUGAAUUUAUUCCUCGAGGAAUUCAUAAACAUUAAUGUAAUACUUUUUCUAAUUACAUGACCAGUUUAGACAGCAAAAUUACCCGAAAUACGUCAUUUUUUUAACCUACAAGACAGCUCUCUCUCGGCCGUCAUGCAAAUGCCACGUUACGCAGUAGCUUAGAAAUUCAAGCGUACUCUAUCACAAAACCAAGAACCCUUUUGAAGCGAAAAUUUGUAUGAAAAUUAUUUUUCAGCUGCUCUAAUACAUCAUGAAAGUAAAAUCUCAGUAAGAUCGAUAGUUUUGUAGUUUGAAUUUUAGUAACGUCAUGUGAAAAUCAACAUUACUUGAGUGAAUUGUAGAUGCCAAAUUUGGACCAAUGCAAGCGAUUGUCUACAGCAUAAGUUUGGGGCUAACUGCUUGAACGGCAGAAAUCUUGAUGUGAGAACAGAUGACGUUCAACUUGAUUCUGUAGCCGAUACUAAAUUACUUGGCAUAAAGACAGACAACUGUUUUUAAACAACGUAUCGAAUAUAGGAAAGCGACUUGGCCUUUUGAAAAGAACAGAUAAAUUUCUGUGACUGAAAGCUGAGAACUUUGUUUUACAAGUCACUUAAUAUCCAGCUAAUACUUGACUACGGGGGUUAUAGUCUGGAGGACAUGAAGCAAACAAGCCGCACAUCCAAGAUUUCAAUUCAAUUCAAUUUCAUUAUUCACACUUUAUAAAAUGUUUACCUUAUAUAUAGUAAGGUAGGAAUAAACUAAUAAAGGAGAAGAAGAAGGAAAAAAAGGAAAAUUAAUGGCUUGGGUAGAAGUGUACGGUGGUCAGAGGAGCUUAGCUUUCGAGCUAACCACCGCUAUAUUAUGAUUGGAAAUACACAAUAAACGUGCGCUUGGUGCCAUGGAAAACUAUGGACGAUUAUGCCAACAGUCAGGUUAUGUCAGACAGUCAUAUUACAAUUUUUACCUUUUAGAGUUAACUAGAAUUCGCUUAUAUUCUUUUUGGAAGUUAUGGUAGCUAAGUGUUUUUACCUUAGUAGGAAUCUCUUCCAAAGUUUUGGUUAUGGGAAACUUAAAUGUGUGUUUGCCGUAAUUUGACUUUACACGUGGUACAUGAAAGUUAAGAUUUGAGGCAUAUCUGGUAUUGUAUGAGUGAAUAUCAGACACCUUUACGAGGCAGUUUUGAAACACUUCAGGGAUAUUGGCUUCAUUUUGUGAGAUUUUGUGAGCUCUAUGUUAAAUAUAUCUAGAAGUUUGAGGUAGGGUGCACAACUUUCUCUAUUAUGGCUAAAAAAUAUGCAGCGAAUACAUUUAUUUUGUUUAGUCUGAACUUUAGUUAAUCUACUUGGGUAUGUGUUUCCCCAACUCAUAAUUCCAUAGUGAAGGAAGGGGUAGAUAAGUGAGUAAUAUAUUUGUUUGAGGGUGUUUAAAGUUAAGAAAUGGCGUAAUAUGAAAAGGAUUCCCAAGUUUUUAGAUUUUUGCUGUUUAUGUGCUGAAUGUGGGGAGCCCAAUUUAGAUUGUUGUCAAUGUAGAUACCUAGGUAUUUUAUGUAGCUCUUUUCGUCAACAUUACGUAAAUUAAGCUUAAGUUUAUUUGCUUUUUGGGGGGAGGAAAUUGUCAUAUAGUGGGUUUUCUUAAAGUUUACAGAAAGUUUAUUAGCUGAGCAGUAGCUAGACUUAAUCAAUUUACAGAAACGAUGCGCCAGAGUAAUGCGAGACAAAAAAUGAGACACCCCCUCGGGGUCUUUAAUUUAUUUAGAGACCUUAAAGGGGCUGUGUCACGAUAGUACGCAUGUGUCAGCUUUGACAGCAACUGAUUGUUUUUGAAUCCUCGGAAGCGAGUAAGAUGCACGCAAGGAAAUUUACAUAAUUCAAGAUUCAUUGUUCGCGAAGCGAGAGUCGUUUUUGUCCGAUUUUAUAAAUCCCCAUAAUUCAUAUUUAUUGUCUGGUAUUCUUCAGACAUAUAUAUGUGGCAGCCGAUAAAAAUAAGAUUAACAACCCUGUCCUGCUUUGAAACAAACAUUUACCUACGCGUAUUUUCACGUACCCACGCUAGCAAACCAGUCUCCGAUCGGUAACCAAAACUAAUUUGUAAACAAACCUUACUGAUCUCUCUGUUUUCCCUAUAUAAACUUAGAAUUACACCAAGAAAAGUAGCUUCCUUAACACGAUCAAUCGAAUAAUUACUAAUAUUAAAAGCUAGAUCAAGUGUUUGCCUGUUUUGUCUCGGUCUGAAUAUGAUAAAAUUAGAUUUCUUAACAUUAAUAGAUAGCUUAUUUGUAUAAAACCAACACGUUAUCUUUUUCAAUUCUAAAUUUGCUACUUCCAUAAGAUAGGAAGCAUCAGUAUGCGAAUAGAAGAUAUUCGUGUUUCUGUCCCAUGAUCGACCGCCAAGUAGGCAUGUAAGCAAAUCCAUGGCACUGUUACAAAACCGUAAAUCACUGUUCCAAGUCUUAAGGGCGAUAUCCUGACCCUGGUCUUUCCCUAGUGAUCCUCGGCCUGAUUAACGCACACCAUGAUCGAAUUUGAAUGUAGCUCAUUUAAAGAGGUCCAAUUUCACUGCAGUUGGUGAGUAUAGUUGAAAAUAUGGUUGAAUUUAGGAACAAGUACAGCACCGGCAAAUAAUGUAAGUCCGAACUGAAUCGUGUAUUGUUUAUGAACUACUAAUGCUCCGUUAUAGAUCGUUUUCACUGUCACACAACAAAUAAUUAAAUUGGAAACCGUCCAGUGGAAGAAGCCAAGAAAAUGACAUGCUAUAAAAGACUAAUAUAUAAACAUUUUGUCCAAGUCUCAGGUCUUUGUGGCCUACAGUUUCUAAGUUAUUAGCCGAAACGUUUCACGCACCUUUGUAGAGCUUUGUAUAGCAUUCCUAUUUUGGUGUCACGCACAGUGAAAACUCGGAAGUUCAAAUUGCUGUAUUUUCCAAAUGAAACAUGCUACGGAAAUGGAAACCUGUACAAAGACUUACUUUUUGUUUAUCUUCAACCUAGUGGAAAUAAGAAUUCGUGAAACCUCGCUAUUUUGACUUUACAAUUUGUUGACGUCACAGUGAAAACCAUCUAUAGGGGACAGUUUUAACACGCGGCCAAUGUUAAAUUCCCUGCCAAGUCGCGGGGGUCGGGGGGCCGGAGUUUCAAUUAACUGAUGUAUUAUACCCUCAAUGAAAAUGAAAGUUAAAUCACAUGAAAUUUUAUCUUUUACUUUGACAAGUAAUGUCUUUAAAUGGUUUGUUUACAGUGCCUUGCUUGCCUGCGAGAACGUGAAGUUUUUUUUAAACCAAAAAAAGUUUUCUUGGAAACGCUGCCUCCAGUGGUGUGAUAUUUCAAUUUAUGCAGUUGCUAACGACGAGUACAAGAAACAGCCAUGUCUUCCUUCCGAUGUUUUACAUGUGUCAUCUUGGUGGGAUGUAUUGCUAGCAGUCUUAUAUAUCUGCACAUUACCCUUUCCUGGAGAAAGGGUUUUGGCAAAGAACUUCCAGCAGUAUACGAGAAUGGAUCAAAGGUGGAUUCGUUAGGUGUCAUUCAGAAGCAUUUUGUUUAUCUUCUACAAACGGAGCAAUGUCUUCCUUCACACCUUGCAGAAUCGAUUGGUGUCGCUGAAAAUUGCAGUUGUGAUAUCAUAGUGUUAAGCUAUCAAGCAAAGUGCGACAAAUCAAUAAUUCCAUCUCAUACAUCCUACAUAUUUUAUCCACAAACUACUUGGGGAUCAGGAAGAAAUGCGCUCUACUUUACGGCCUUAAACAGAAGACUACCCUACCGUUACUACAUAUUUUUAGAUGAUGACGUCACCUUUAGCUUCAAUAAAAUGACUCCGCCUGAUUUGAGAAAAACUCAACCGCUACGAGUCGUGCAAGACUGGCUUUUAGAAUAUGAACCAGCGCUUGGUGUUUUAGACUAUGCAGUGCAUCAUGGUGCCGAGUGGACUUUACAAAGAAGAAGAGAGUUGUGUGGAAUUCACGACACACCACUAGUGAUGCCAGUGGUUUGGUUCGAUGCUCUUUUCCAUGCUUUCCACCAUAAGGCUGUCGCUCAUAUUUUGCCAUACAACAUGAAGUAUGAAAAGGAAAGUUGGACGGUGUCAGCUUUGCAUAUCAUGGCCGUUGUUGGGUUGAAAUUCCGCGGCCAAGCACUUCUGUUUGCAGCCGUGACUGCUGGAAACCCGAAACAUCGCAAUUAUCCUCGUUCUGGUGAACUUUUUGAUGAGGGAUGGCGAAGCUUUGUUGAGGAAAUCCAACGUGAAGUGCCGACAGCUUAUCAAAACAACAUCGUAUUAGAAGAGUAUAAAGAAAACUUAGUUCAACAUUCUUUGAACUCGUCAACUUACUGUAUAAAUGCCACCCGUCACCAUCCAAUUGUGCCAUAUGCAUAUUUAGCCCGUGAAAGCUUAAAGCACAAGGUAAUCCUUGAUUAAUCUUCUUAAUGAAACUGUUCUAAAAACUCAGUGAAAUGAAAGCAGUUUAUUAACGUGUUAGGAAUGUAGCCACAUCUCGGGUUGGAAACACCACUGAAUUAGGUUUAGUUAUACGUGAUUGCUCGUUUGCAUUAACUCAGUUCAAUACUGAAUAUUUCACUUUUAAAAGGGUGCGCUUCGCCCUCUUGUGUCUCUUGAAUAAGUUCCCCAUCUAGCCUUAAUGGUCGAUUGUUCUGUUUAUUCGUCCCAAAAUCUUACAUUGUUACGGUGCAUGUAACUACAUGUAUCAUAGAACAGGAGUUCCUUACAAAGCCUACUGGGCUUACUCUAGGAUGACCACUGGCGGUGUUUAUAUAAUGUAUUUAUUAUUUAUUACAAUUUUUGGUCCACUUUCCGUCAGCCCGAAUUGCAAGCAGUUUUUAAUUUUUUUUUUCUUUUAUUGUGUAUACUAUGAUAGCAAACUUUUAACAAUAUCAGAAUACUGUUAGUGUAUUUCCUUUGAUGCAAACUCUUCUUGGUUGUUAAAGUGUUUCUGUUUUAUUUUUUUCUUUCUCGUUCAUUCAGUUUACCAAGCACCGAAAUACAUUAAUGGCAGAAGACUGAUUUUAAUCAGUACAACACCACCGAUGGAAAUCGAGUAUACCUACAGUAUACUACUACAUGAGAAAUUUCUGCAAUUUGAUUGGCUUAGAGCAGUGGUAUUUCAGCUUAAUUUGAAAUACCUACAUGUGAAAAUUACAAAUCUUUGCUGGUAGUAGUAUAAACAAAUAAUAGCAUGAUUUGUAUGUGAUAUUUGGCAUAAACACCACUUGUGAUAUUUCAAAAUUGUCUCAAAUUUCACUCGCCUAACGGCUCGUGAAAUUUUGUAUAGCAAUUUCGAAAUAUCACGCGUGAUAUUUAUGCCAAAUAUCACUACAUAUCAUGCUAUUACCUAUACUUAUACUACUACAUGAAAAAUUUCUGUAAUUUGAUUGGCUUAGAGCAGUGGUAUUUUAGUUUAAUUUGAAAUACCUACAUGUUAAAAUUACAAAAUCUUGGUGGGUAGUAGUAUAAACAAAUAAUAGCAUGAUUUGUACGUGAUAUUUGGCAUAAAUACCACUCGUGAUAUUUCGAAAUUGUCCAAAAUUUCACUCGCCUAACGGCUCGUGAAAUUACGUAUAACAAUUUGGAAACAUCACUCGUGGUAUUUAUACCAAAUAUCACUACAAAUCAUGCUAUUACCUAUACUAAUAUUAGUUGUAUUUAUGUAUUUCAAAUUAAUUUGACAACUUUUUAAUUUAGUUUAAUAUUUACUUAUCUUUAUUCGUACCUGUGUGGACAAUACCAACCGUUCGAGACCGUUUUACGAAUCAUGUAAGGACGAAAAUAUUGAACCAAGAACAAGCUUUAAUCCUUAUUUGUUCUCAUAAUUUUGGAGUGCAAGAGCUUUUAAAGAUAACCUGAUAGAAAGGCGUUGAAUGAAAGAGAAAAAUAAAGCGAUUUGAUAUGAACGUUUGCAAAUAAAGGUACGUUUUCAUGGUAACACAUCGUUUGUGCGAUGUUUUAAUUUUUAAUGACAAGUUACAACUUGAAGUUCUUAAAAGCAUGUAAUUUCUCAGUCACUCUCCUUGUGCCGUCUUGUUGCAGUGUUAGUAGGUUAGGGCCAGUGGCAUAAAUCUUAACGCAAGGCGUAAAUUCUAAGUGGUAUAUCAGGAGUUUGAUCAAUAAAGUUAUCAAUAUUUAGACGCUGUAUCUGAUUCCGAAAUUUUCUUCCAAACCUUCCCUACAUUUUUGUCUGAAAUUUAGGGGAAAUUUUCCGUCCGAACAUUUUCGUAGUUGAAGCACACGGGUUUUUAGAAUUUCAACAUAUGGUGAUUUACAUUCAGCUAUUUCGAGAAAGGUUGUCGGAAAAAGUGCACGCGACAAUCCCGAAAGGUAGGGUGGCUUUUAGUUCACUGUUUUUCAAAGAAAUUUCAAACAAUGGCAAGAGAGGCCAUGGACGUAUGUUUGCGAGUGCUAAAGAAAGCAAUAAAAGUAGGUUCGACAGCUACAGUAUCAGGAACAGUGUAUUGAGCAUAUCCCAUAUUACCUUUCGGGAUUGUCGCGUGCACAGUUUUUCCGACAACCUUUCUAGAAAUAGCUGUAUAUUCAAGGUUAUCAAACGUCAUCUCCCCGGAGGCUCAUUGUCACGCGGAUGAUACUCAGCUAUACGUGAGUUUCAAGCCCGAUGAUGCUAACGCCCAGGAUGAGGCCAUUCGCGCAAUGGAGGAUUGCAUUUAAGAUGCAACGAACUGGCUUAUUGAAGGACGGCUGUUACUCAAUGAUGAUAAAACUAAAUUUCUAGUUAUUAGAACUCGUCAGCAGUAAAAUAAAUUAAAUCCAUCAGUACAUUAUGUGGUCCUUGGUCCGCGACUGAAAGUCAUGAUCUUGAGUAUCUUACCUGAAUCAAACUGUAACGAGCUGAAAUACUCUCUGAAGAUAGCUUUUAUGUUCCUCUCGAUAAUCCUGAAGUUUCAAGUUCCAGACAUAAAUAUUUUGCUUGUAAUUCGAAAAAAGGCCACCGUUUUCCAUGGUCCUUGGUCCGCGAAUGUGCUCCUUGUUCCGCGACAAGGGUAAGCAGCGCGAAAAAAACCUAAAAAUGUGAUGGUUUCCACGCGAAAACGUGAUUUUCACAAUAUUUCAUGUAUUUUUUUUCUUUUCUUGAUGCAAUUAAGCUAAAGUUUUUUUCGGAAGAUGUUGUGAGUAUAAAAUAAUCUGCUUUUCUUUUACGUGCGAAAAGAGUUAAAUUCCCAGGGUUCUCUUGGUACUCCAACACGGCCGCCGUUUCAUUGUUUUGGAACACCAAUAUGGCCGCCUUGACGUCAUGUGAAUACGCUCUGUUGAGUAUAGUGAGUAUCUUCUUUGAUACGCAAACGCCUUUUUAACACUUCGGCGAAAACGGAAGGGUGCUUAUUAACUUAGGGCGCUUUCCAUUCCGCUUCAGAACUGACCGGCUAUACCAUUCCUGCCGUAUGUAAUACGAAUUUCACUUGUAAUCAAAUCCAUCCGGCCAUUUCAGUCAAAUUCUAAAUAGUAUGCAAGAAGGAAAUGGUCAUUAUACUUUUCUGGGGGACACUUCCCACCUACCCAUCCCCUAACCCAACUUUUUGCCCUAAGUGAGAAAUAAGUGUUAAUGUUGGCUUAGGGGAGGAGUAGGUGGGCAGUUUCCCAGAAACGUAUGAUGAUUGGCCAAAGCACAUUUCAUUUUCAUUUCAAAUGGAAAGAACCUUUAGUUUUCUUGACCGAACUGAAACUCGAUUUUAUCUAGACAAGGGACAAAAUUUCAAAGGAAAUCUUUGCCAUUCACAGCAAGCGGUAGCGAAUGAGUUUAAGCGACAGCAGAUGCAAUUUUGCGACAACGAAUACAGCUUAGCGAAUAUUGAAACAUUCGGACGAACAUUUAUUUCUUGUUUUUCCACGGUAGGAAGGUCAUCUCAUAUUUCACUGGCUAGAGAAAUGUUUCUUUGAAAACAUCGCCUUUUUUACGUUGACAUGUACGCAUAAAUUAUGUCGUUUCUGUCCCAUGAUCUGCCGCCAUGUAAGCAUGUAAGCAGUUCCAUGGCAAUGUCACAAAACCGUAAGUCACUGUCCAGGUCUUAAGGGUGAUAUUCUGACCCUGGUCUUUUCCUAGCGAUCGUCGGCCUGAUUAACGCACACCAUGAUCGAAUUUGAAUGUAGCUCAUUUAAAGAGGUCCAAUUUCACUGCAGUUGGUGAGUAUAGCUGAAAAUAUGGUUGAAUUUAGGAACAAGUACAGCAACGGCAAACAAUGUAAGUCCGAACUGAAUCGUGUCUAUUGUUUAUGAACUACUAAUGCCCCGUUAUACAGGACUUUUAAUAAACUGUUUGGCCCGGGGAGCCUGGAAAUUAGCGGAGUUUUAACACGCGGCCAAUGUUAAAUUCCCUGCCAAGUCGUGGGGGUCAGGGGGCUAGAGUUUCAAUAAACUGAUGUAUUAAACUCUCAAUGAAAAUGGAAGUUAAAUCACAUGAAAUUUUGUCUUUUUCUUUGACAAGUAAAUGUCUUUAAAUGGUUUGUUUACAGUGCCUUGCUUGCCUGCUAGGAACAUGAAGUUUCUUAAACGAAAAAACGUUUUCGUGGAAACGCUGCCUCCAGUGGUGUGAAAUUUCAAUUCACGCAGUUGCUAAUGACGAGUACAAGAAACAGCCAUGUUUUCCUUCCGAUGUUCUACAUAUGUCGUCUUGGUGGGAUGUACUCUUAUUGCUAGCAAUCUCAUAUAUAUGCACAUUACCCUUUACAGUAGAAAGGGUUUUGGCAAGGAAGUUCCAGCAGUAUACGAGAAAGGAUCAAAGGCGGAUUCGUUAGGUGUGAUUCAGAAGCAAUUUGUUUACCUUGUACAAACGGAACAAUGUCUUCCUUCACACCUUGCAGAAUCGAUUGAUCUCGCUGAAAAUUGCAAUUGUGACAUCAUAGUGUUAAGCUUUCAAGCGAAGUGCAUUAAAUCAAUAAUUCCAUCUCAUACAUCAUACAUAUUUUAUCCACAAACUACUUGGGGAUCAGGAAGAAAUGCGCUCUACUUUACGGCCUUAAACAGAAGACUACCCUACGGUUAUUACAUAUUUUUAGAUGAUGACGUCACCUUUAGCUUCAAUAAAAUGACUCCGCCUGAUUUGAGAAAAACUCAACCGCUACGAGUCGUGCAAGACUGGCUUUUAGAAUAUGAACCAGUGCUUGGUGUUUUAGACUAUGCAGUGCAUCAUGGUGCCGAGUGGACUUUACGAAGAAGAAGACAGUUGUGUGGAAUUCACGACACAUCACUAGUAAUUCCAGUGGUUUGGUUCGAUGCUUUUUCCAUGCUUUCCACCAUAAGGCUGUCGCUCACAUUUUGCCAUACAACAGCAAGUAUGAAAAGGAAAGUUGGUGAGUGUCAGCUUUGCAUAUCAUGGCCGUUGCUGGGUUGAAAUUCCGCGGCCAAGCACUUCUGUUUGCAGCCGUGACUGUUGGAAACCCGAAACAUCGCGAAUAUCCUCGUUCUACUGAACAUUUUAAUGCGAGAUGGCGAAGCUUUAUUGAGGAAAUCCAACGUGAAGCGCAGACAGCUUAUCGAAGCUGCAUCAUAUUCGAAAAGCAUAAAGAAGACUUUGCUCGAUACACUUUGAAAUCGUCAACUUACUGUAUAAAUGCCACCCGUCACCAUCCAGGUGUGCCAAAUGCAUAUUUAGACUGUGAAAGCUUAAAGCACAAGGUCAUCCUCGAUUAAUCUUCUUAAUAAAACUGUCCUAAAACUGAGUGAAAUAUCAGAAAUAAAAGGAGUUCAUUGACGUGCUAGGAAAAUAGCCAUAUCUCGGAGAGGAAACACCACUGAAUGAGGUUUAGUUAUACGUGAUCGCGCGUUUGCAUUAACUCAGUUCAAUACUAAAUGUUUCAUUUUUAAAAGGGUACGCCUCGCUCUCUUGAGUAUCUUGAUCUAGCCUUAAUGGUCAAUUUUUUAUGUUUAUUCGUCCCAAAAUCUUACAUUGUUACAGUGCAUAUAACUACAUGUAUCAUACAACAGGAGUUCUUUACAAAGCCUACUGGGCUUACUCUAGGAUGACCUCUGGCGGUGUUUAUAUAAUGUAUUUAUUAUUAAUUACAAUUUUUAAUCCACUUUCCGUCGGCCAGAAUUGCAAGCAGUUUUCCUUAAUUUUUUUAUCGUGUUCUAACAAUGUUAACUGUUAGUGUAUUUCCUUUGAUGCAACUCUUCUUGGUUGUUAAAGUGUUUCUGUUUUAUUUAUCUCCUUUUUCGUCCAUUCAGUUUACCAAGAACCGAAAUAUGUUAAUAACAGAAGACUGAUUUUAAUUAGUACAACAACACUGACGGAAAUCGAGCUUACCUACAAUAAUACUUGUUGUAUUCAUGUAUUUCAGUUUAAUUUGACAACUUUUUAAUUUAGUUUAAUAUUUACUUAUCUUUAUUCGUUCCUCUGUGGACAAUAACAACGGUUGACGAAUCAUGUAAAGAAGGAAAUAUUGAGCCAAGAACAAAGUUUAACCCUAAUUUGUUCUCAUAAUUUUGGAGUGAAGGACCUUUUAAAAAUAAUCUGAUAGAAAGGCGUUGAAUGAAAGAGAAAAAUAAAGCGAUUUGAUUCGAACGUUUGCAAAGAAAGGUACGUUUUCAUGGUAACACUUCUUUUGUGCGAUGUUUUAAUUUUUAAUGACAAGUUACUAGAAACAACUUGAAGUUCUUAAAAGUAUGUAAUUUCUCAAUCACUCUCUGCUGUCUUGUUACAGUGUUAGUAGGUUAGGGCCAGUGGCAUAAAUUUUAACGCAAGGCGUAAAUUCUAAGAGGUAUAUCAGGAGUUUGAUCUAUAAAGUUAUCAUUAUUUAGACGCUGUAUCUGAUUCCAAAAUUUUCUUCCAAAUCGUCCCUACAUUUUUGUCUGAAAUUUAGGGGAAAUUUUCCGCCCGAACAUUUUCGUAGUUGAAGCACAAAGGUUGUUAGAAUUUCAACGUAUGGUGAUUCGCAUAUGUUCAAGGUUAUCGAACGUCAUCUCCCCGGAGGCUCUCAUUGUUCCGCGGAUGAUACCCAGCUAUACGUGAGUUUCAAGCCCGAUGAUGCUAACGCCCAGGAUGAGGCCAUUCGCGCAAUGGAGGAUUGCAUUUAGGAUGCAACGAACUGGCUUAUUGAAGGACGGCUGUUACUCAAUGAUGAUAAAACUGAAUUUCUAGUUAUUAGAACUCGUCAGCAGUUAAAUAAAUUAAAUCCAUCCGGUACAGUAUGUGGUCCUUGGUCCGCGACUAAAAGUCAUGAUCUUGAAGAAAAGUAACGAGCUGAAAUACUCCUUGAAGAUAGCUUUUACGUUCACCUCGAUAAUCCUGAAGUUUCAAGUUCCAGACAUAAAUAUUUUGCUUGUAAUUCGAAAAAAGACGACCGUUUUCGAUGGUCCUUGGUCCGUGAAUGUGCUCCUUGUUCCGCGACUCAGGUAAGGAGCGCGAAAAAAACGUAAAAAUGUUAUAGUUUCCACACGAAAACGUGAUUUUCACAAUAUUUCAUGUAUUUUUUUUCUUUUCUUGAUGCAAUUAAGCUAAAGGUUUUUUUUGGAAGAUGUUGUGAGUAUAAAAUAAUCUGCUUUUCUUUCAAAGACUUCGGACAACAGUCUCCUCGAGUCUCCCACACUAGCGGCGAGCGGAUUUCAGCGCGGACGAAACUUGUAGACAUGUAUAGGGACGAUUUUGAAGACGUUCUUCGAAAACAAAGGCCGUCGCUUUUUAUUUUGCGAAGUUUUAUUCAACCAAGGUCAUAGGUCGCGGACCUACGACGAAAUAUUUUAUCAUUUUCGAAAAAGUCGCGGACCGUGGGCAUCGCGGACUUUCGCGAACCAAGGACCACAUACUGUACUUCAUGUAGGUGAUCAGACGAUUGAUCCUUCGGUUAACGGAAAGAAUUUGGGAACGAUAUUUGACAAUUCAAAUAGUAUGGAUACUCAUAUAAAUCAAGUUUUUUUCUACCAUAUUCACAAUAUUCGUAGAAUUUCUAAAUACCUUUCACAGGAAUCCCUUAACACAUUUUUCCUCCAGACUAGAUUAUUGUAAUAGCCUACUUUAUGGCCUUCCCAAAUAUCAUAUAAGUAGACUACAACGAGUACAGGACGCUGCAGAACUUAUUUAAGGGCAGCCAACAUAGGUUUCAUCAUGUCCCAGGAUCGUGGAAAGAUGAUUACAGUGAAAAAAAUAUAUAAAACCGUUCCGGUGAGGCCUUAAACUGCUGUUUACUAUUUUAAAACAGCAGUUUAAGGCCUCACUAGAAUAGUUUUAUGUUUUUUAAUCAUGCUGCUGAGGGACAACAUCAAAUCAUAGGUCUCGUGGUGUCAGUGGUUUCAUAGUUUCAUGUGUUUCGUGGUUUCAUAGGUUUAGUGGUGUCAAUAGUUUCAUGGUUUCAUAGGUUUCGUGGUGUCAAUCGUUUCAUGGUUUCAUAGGUUUCGUGGUGUCAAUGGUUUCAUGGUUUCAGAGGUUUCGUGGUGUCAAUGGUUUCGUGGUUUCAUAGGUUUCGUGGUGGCAAUGGUUUCAUAGUUUCACGGGUUUCGUGGUGUCAAUGGUUUCAUGGUUUUUUAGGUUUCGUGGUGUCAAUGGUUUCAUGGUUUCAUAGGUUUCGUGGUGUCAGUGGUUUCAUGGUUUCAUAGGUUUCGUGGUGUCCAUGGUUUCAUGGUUUCAUAUGUUUCGUGGUGUCCAUGGUUUCAUGGUUUCGUAGGUUUCCUGGCGUCAAUGGUUUCGUGUGUUUGGUGGUGACAAUGGAUACAUGGUUUCAUAGGUUUCGUAGUGUCAAUGGUUUCAUGGUUUCAUAAGUUUCGUGGUGUCAAGAGUUUCAUGGUUUCAUAGGUUUCGUAGUGUCAAUGGUUUCAUGGUUUCAUAGCUUACGUGGUGUCAAUGGUUUCAUGGUUUCAUACGUUUCGUGGUGUCAAUGGUUUCAUGGUUUCUUAGGUUUCGUGGUGUCAAUGGUUUCAUGGUUUCAUAGGUUUCGUGGUGUCCAUGGUUUCAUGGUUUCAUAGGUUUCGUGGUGUCAAUGGUUUCGUGGUUUCAUAGGUUUCGUGGUGUCAAUGGUUUCAUGGUUUCUUAGGUUUCGUGGUGUCAAUGGUUUCAUGGUUUUAUAGGUUUCGUGGUGUCAAUGGUUUCAUGGUUUCAUAGGUUUCGUGGUGUCAGUGGUUUCAUGGUUUCAUAGGUUCGUGGUGUCCAUGGUUUCAUGGUUUCAUAGGUUUCCUGGCGUCAAUGGUUUCAUGGUUUCACAAGUUUCGUGGUGUCAAUGGUUUCGCGGUGUCAAUAGUUUCAUGGUUUCAUAGGCUUCGUGGUGUCCAUGGUUUCAUGCUUUCAUAAGUUUCGUGGUGUCAAUAGUUUCAUGGUUUCAUAGGUUUCGUGGUGUCAAUGGUUUCAUGGUUUCAUAGGUUUCGUGGUGUCAAUUGUUUCAUGGUUUCAUAGGUCUUGUGGUUUCACAGGUUUCCUGGUGUCAAUGGUUUCAUAGUUUCAUGUGUUUCGUUGUUUCAUAGGUUUCUUGGUUUCUAUGGUUUCAUGGUUUCAUAGGUUUCGUGGUGUCAAUGGUUUCGUGGUUUCAUAGGUUUCGUGGUGUCAAUGGUUUCGUGGUUUCAUAGGUUUCGUGGUGUCAAUGGUUUCGUGGUUUUUUAGGUUUCGUGGUGUCAAUGGUUUCGUGGUUUCAUAGGUUUCGUGGUGUCAAUGGUUUCAUUGUUUCAUAGGUUUCGUGGUGUCAAUGGUUUCAUGGUUUCAUAGGUUUCGUGGUGUCAAUGGUUUCGUGGUUUCAUAGGUUUCGUGGUGUCAAUGGUUUCAUGGUUUCAUAGGUUUCGUGGUUUCCAUGGUUUCAUGGUUUCAUUGGUUUCGUGGUGCCAAUGGUUUCAUGGUUUCAUAGGUUUCGUGGUGUCAAUGGUUUCAUGGUUUCAUAGGUUUCGUGGUUUCAUAGGUUUCCUGGUGUCAAUGGUUUCAUAGUUUCAUGUGUUUCGUGGUUUCAUAGGUUUCUUGGUUUCUGUGGUUUCAUGGUUUCAUAGGUUUCGUGGUGUCAAUGGUUUCGUGGUUUUUUAGGUUUCGUGGUGUCAAUGGUUUCAUUGUCUCAUAGGUUUCGUGGUGUCAAUGGUUUCAUGGUUUCAUAGGUUUCGUGGUGUCAAUGGUUUCGUGGUUUCAUAGGUUUCGUGGUGUCAAUGGUUUCACGGUUUCAUAGGUCUCGUGGUUUCAAUGGUUUCGUGGUUUCAUAGGUUUCGUGGUGUCAAUGGUUUCAUGGUUUCAUAGGUUUCGUGGUGUCAAUGGUUUCGUGGUUUCAUAGGUUUCGUGGUGUCAAUGGUUUCAUGGUUUCAUAGGUUUCGUGGUUUCAAUGGUUUCAUGGUUUCAUAGGUUUCGUGGUGUCAAUGGUUUCAUAGUUUCAUGUGUUUCGUGGUUUCAUAGGUUUCUUGGUUUCUAUGGUUUCAUGGUUUCAUAGGUUUCGUGGUGUCAAUGGUUUCAUGGUUUCAUAGGUUUCGUGGUGUCAAUGGUCUCGUGGUUUUUUAGGUUUCGUGGUGUCAAUGGUUUCACGGUUUCAUAGGUCUCGUGGUUUCAAUGGUUUCGUGGUUUUUUAGGUUUCGUGGUGUCAAUGGUUUCGUGGUUUCAUAGGUUUCGUGGUGUCAAUGGUUUCGUGGUUUCAUAGGUUUCGUGGUUUCAAUGGUUUCAUGGUUUCAUAGGUUUCGUGGUGUCAAUGGUUUCAUGGUUUCAUAGGUUUCGUGGUGUCAAUGGUUUCAUGUUUCCAUAGGUUUCGUGGUUUCAUAGGUUACCUGGUGUCAAUGGUUUCAUAGUUUCAUGUGUUUCGUGGUUUCUAUGGUUUCAUGGUUUCAUAGGUUUUGUGGUUUCAAUGUUUUCAUGGUUUGAUAGGUUUCGUGGUGUCAAGGGUCUCAUGGUUUCAUAGGUUUCGUGGUGUCAAUGAUUUCGUGGUCUCAUAGGUUUCCUGGUGUCAAAGGUCUCGUGGUUUCAUGGGGUUCAUGGUGUCAGAGGUUUCAUGGUUUCAUAGGCCUCUUGGUGUCAAGUAGCCUCCCCGCCGACGUCCUUUGGGGUUUGUUCGUCACACGUUCAUUUCUCCCCCACGGACGUCUGCUAAACACAGCCGACAUUUACGUUCACCGAUCAGUAAGGAUUUUUAUCGGGUGUGCGAGAAAUUUGUAAUGAAUGCAGAGUUAAACAAGUAUCAGAGAGACGCUAUCCUCAAAUUUUAGAGAGAAGACCGACGAGUUCAUAAAUUUGCGGACGGGAUUUGGCAAAUCCCUUAUCUAUCAAGCUUUGCCGCUUGUUUGCGACACUGCUUGGAACUCCUGGACAUUAUUGUUGUUGUUUCACCCCUGGUAAAUCUUAUGAAAGAUCAAGCUACAAAGCUGGAAAAUAUUUGUAUUCCUGCUGUAGUGCUCAGUGAUAUGUAUUUUUUAAAUUCAAUUUAAUUUAUUUAAAACACUUGCAAUUACAAAGUACUUACUUACAAUACUUACUUACAAACAAUGUAUGUUACUUACGCUACUAACAAAACUAUACUCUACUUACAAAACAAUACUUAUUUACAAUGUGAGAUACUUACGCUACGAACAAUACUAUACUCUACUUACGAUACAAAACUUGCAAUACUUACUUACAAUGAGAUACUUACACUGCUAACAGUGCUAUACUCCACGCUUUACAUAUAUAUAGCAGCUACUUGCACUACUUACAAUACGGAUUACAUACGCUACAAAAACCAGAAAAUAAAGAGGGCGGGAAAGUAUGGUAAAUUUUAGUUAACUGUAGUUUUAACUCAAAGGAGAAAAAAGAGAUUAAAGAUAUUUUCUCUGCUGAUUCACUGAAAAUUAGCUUUAUAUGCUUUGAAUGUUGAAGCGAGGAAAAUAGGAAGGAAAUCUCUGGCAGGAAGGAAAGUGUAAAAAGAGCGAGAGACCCCAAACUGAUAAAAGAUUACUAAAGAGGGAAAGGUUCAAUUUCUUUAUUAUGUUGUUUUAAAAACAGCUUAAAAUUUUCAAUAGUGACACCACGAAACCUAUGAAACCAUGAAACCUAUGAAACUAUUGACACCACGAAACCUAUGAAACCAUGAAACCUAUAAAACCAUUGACACCACGAAACCUAUGAAACCAUGAAACCCAUGAAACCUAUGAAACCAUGAAACCAUUGACACCACAAAACCUAUGAAACUAUCGACACCACGAAACCCAUGAAACCAUGAAACCAUGAAGCUAUGAAACCAUUAACACCACGAAACCCAUGAAACCAUGAAACCCUUGACACCACGAAACCUAUGAAACCAUGAAACCAUAGAAACCACGAAACAUAUGAAACCACGAAACACAUGAAAUCAUGAAACCAUUGACACCACGAAACCUAAGAAACCAUGAAACUAUUGACACCACGAAACCUAAGAAACCAUGAAACCAUUGACACCACGAAACCUAUGAAACCAUGAAACCAUAGACACCACGAAACCUAUGAAACCAUGAAACUAUUGACACCACGAAACCUAUGAAACCAUAAAACCAUUGACACCACGAAACCUAAGAAACCAUGAAACCAUUGACACCACGAAACCUAUGAAACCAUGAAACCAUAGACACCACGAAACCUAUGAAACCAUGAAACCAUUGACACCACGAAACCUAUGAAACCAUGAAACCAUUGACACCACGAAACCUAUGAAACCAUGAAACCAUUGACACCACGAAACCUACGAAACCAUGAAACUAUUGACACCACGAAACCUAUGAAACCAUGAAACCAUUGACACCACGAAACCUCUGAAACCAUGAAACUAUUGACACCACGAAACCUAUGAAACCAUGAAACCAUUGACACCACGAAACCUCUGAAACCAUGAAACCAUUGACACCACGAAACCUAUGAAACCAUGAAACCAUUGACACCACGAAACCUAUGAAACCAUGAAAGUAUUGACACCACGAAACCUAUGAAACCAUAAAACAAUUGACACCACGAAACCCAUGAAUCUAUGAAAGCAUUGACACCAGGAGACCUAUGAAACCAUGAAACCAUAGACACCACGAAACCUAUGAAACCAUGAAACCAUUGACACCACGAAACCUAAGAAACCAUACGAGAAUACAAUCUGUUAUUCAGGUCGCAAAGAAGAAGUGCGACCGAUCAGGGGAGCUGUUUAAAGGGUAAAUGUCUCUAGCAUUUGUUUCCGAAAAAAAGACUACUUGAAUUCUUUUUUGGUUUGAAUUUACUACAAUAAAAGGUGAUACGAAGAUGUCAUUUGAACGAGUUACAUAAUUAUGUAAUUGCCUGAAGUACCUCAAAACUAGCAGGGGCUAUAAAAACAAAUCUAGAGGGCUGAAUAUAUUAGUCGUCUUAUCAUGCGGUUUCCUUUAUUGUUAUACCCCACGUCAAAGUAAAUUUCACUGUCCGUCUGUUUGAGAACGAUUUUCUGCAUUGUGAGUUUUUUAAAAAAGUGAGGCCUGACUUCUGUAAGCUUUCUGCACUUUUAGCCACUUUAAGUUAUUCCGAACAAACUAAACUCUGACUGUCAUUCCUAACUAGUUAGUAGGACGCGCUGAGUGCUUUUGACCGAAACGUUAUAUUGUUUUCUAUUCCUGCUGGCGUUUUGUUAGAUGUGCUGAGCGUUACUUUCCUCGUACCAGUGCUGCAUGUACAAGUAGAGAUUUUAAAAGGUUAUCUGCCUUUAUCCUUAAAAUCAUUUCACCAACUUACCUCCUUGUCCCAGAAUCAUUCUGGAAUAAUCCAUCAAAUUCUUUACGGAAAUUUGAAUAAAGGGCGCUAGUUGUUCAAUCUGAAGGAUUUGCUGUGUUGCUGUCUGCUUUGAAUAAUUCCAGCAGUGGAACAGUAACAAUUUUCUUAGACUUCUUUUUACAUCCAAGAGUUUAUACGAGAAUACAAUUUGUUGUUCAGGUCGCAAAGAACAAGUGCGGCCGAUCAGGGAAGCUGUUUAAUAAAUGCAAUAUCGAAGCAAUCACAUAGCAUUGCCGAUUCCGAAACGUAAAUGUCCGCUAGCGGAUUUGAUUCCGAAAGAAAGUGAUUUUAACCAACAUUGCAGAUGAGUGUAAUAAACAAAUAUUAGAUUAGUUCUGCAUUAGGAUGUAGUUUGCUUACGAACCGAUAGUUUCUUAGGAAGGUAUGACAGCUUACUGAUUGUCGCGCUUCUGGUUUAUUCAAAGACCAACAGAAGGCGGUGAUACAGUGUUUAAAAAAUCGGCUGUAGCACAUUUAGACGCCGUACUUUUCAUGAGCCGAACCUAAUUCGAAUUAAGGUAGACCGGCUGAAUUGAUUCAGACGCCGAUCUUAAUUCUAGCCGAACCAAAUUCAGACAGGGGAACAAUUCUCAUUUCGGUCAAAAUAUGUUACAAGAAUUUCUGCAUUAGGUUCAGUACAUGAAAAGUUCGGCGUCUGAAUCAAAGGCGUUCCAAAGUCGAUCCAAAGGCGAAAUUCCCGGCCGGGCUAAGCGGAAAGAACGGCUGAGCCGUUCCAAAUUGAAACAGGCGCUACUAGUUGAUUCAGACGCCGAAAUUCAAUGAACUAGGUUCAAUGUAUUAGGCUCAUUACGGCGUCUGAAUCGGGCCUAAGAUAUCUAAUUCAGUUAUUUUUGAAGGUUAUUCGGCCUUAACCAUUAGUCUGAGACACUGGAACCAAAUUCAUAUCACAUUGCGAAGAUUUAAAAUUUUGGCAAGGCGUUCAUUUGUUGAAGAGUGCCGCCAUAUUUUUUUCAUCAAGUCGAAGUGCAUCACUUUUGUCGCCCAAAAGACAGGAAUAAAUCAUUGAUUCGAGUUCAAAAAUCAAACAAACACAUCGCAGAUGGAUAUAAAAAGCUUUUUCGAGCCUUUAAACGCGAGGCUGUACAAUUUUUAGUGGCAAAAAACCUUACCUUAAGUCACUUACCACUGGAGGCCCUUCGUGUCGUUCAAACGUGAACUGCAAGCUGCAAACGCGAUCGCAAGACCGUGGAAUAAGCUUGUUGUAGCCGAACUGCUUGAGGUUCAAAUA